CGGUCGGCGGCUGGGCCGGAGCGUGUCGCGGGGGCGUCACGUCGGCUGGUCACCCGUGAAUAAGAAGGCGAGAGGUGGGGUUGGGGUGGGGCUGCUGCGCCGUGACGCCCGAGCGACCUCCCCGCCCGCCUGCCUGCCUGCCCUCGUCGGCGCUGCCCCCUCCCCUCCCCCGGUGCUUCCUCCGUGGUCCUUUGCCUCCCAGGUCCUCUUGCUGAGAGCGAGCGGGCGGGCGCGCGCGGGUGGGGGAAAUGGCUGAGACCAUCGCGGACACCAGGCGCCUGAUCACGAAGCCGCAGAACCUCAACGACGCCUACGGGCCGCCGAGCAAUUUCCUCGAGAUCGACGUCUCCAACCCUCAGACGGUGGGGGUGGGCAGAGGCCGCUUCACCACCUACGACGUGAGGGUCAAGACAAACCUUCCUAUUUUCAAAUUGAAGGAGUCUUGUGUCAGGCGAAGAUACAGUGACUUUGAAUGGCUUCGAAGUGAACUAGAAAGAGAGAGUAAGGUUGUAGUGCCUCCCUUGCCUGGAAAAGCUUUUUUCCGCCAAUUGCCUUUUAGAGGAGACGAUGGGAUAUUUGAUGACUCUUUUAUAGAGGAAAGGAAGCAAGGGCUUGAACAAUUCAUAAACAAAGUUGCAGGCCACCCCUUGGCGCAGAAUGAACGCUGUCUUCAUAUGUUCUUGCAGGAUGAAGUAAUAGACAAAACCUACACGCCCUCCAAAAUAAGACAUGCUUGAAUGCUGCACAACACUUUAACUGGCAUAAAUGUUAGUGGUGACAUACUUCGUCUAAGAUAUGUAGUUUAAGGUUUUUAGCAUGCUGCAAACAAA